AUGUCUGCACCCGCCAUGUCCAAGGAAACACCGUCCGACAAUGGGCAGAAUGGCCCCAAUGAUACUGGCAAUGGCCAAGAUUCAAGUGUGAAGAAACAACUGAAGGGAUUCAUACCGACAAAGGCGGAUGUCGGCAAGUGUUUCUCCUAUAUUCGAAUGCUUUUUUCCCUGGACUACACCAUGACCGAUGUCUUUCUCAUAAUUGCGGGUGUGAUCUUCGCAAUCGCUGGGGGUGUACCUUUCCCAUUGCUCGGAAUUGUCUUUGGCGACCUCAUCAACGAUCUGAACACGACCACCUGCUCCAGCUCGGACAGCGCAGCGAGCCAGUUGUCAUCCAAUGUGCGCACCAAGGUGCUGUAUGUCGUCUACAUUACGAUUGCGAACUUUUGCUUUAUUUAUAUCCACACGUCGUGCUGGUGCACCGUGAGUGAACGGCUGGCUCGUCGGUACCGCAGACGGUAUUUCGAGAGUAUCAUCAAACAAGAUGCGAACUUCAUCGAAUCUCUUCCUUCUGGGGAUAUCAUCUCUCGUCUGGUCAGCGACAUCGAGGUGGUGCAGUCAGGAACGUCGGAAAAGGUGGGACUCGUCAUCACCACCAUCUCUUAUUUCGUGGCAUCCUACAUUGUGGCCUUCAUCAAAGUCCCCCAGAUUGCUGGUAUGUUGGUUUCGGUGGUACCUUGCUUCAUGCUCAUGUCGCUGGUUGGUGGUCACUACAUUAAGAAGUAUGGUGGACGCAUUUCGGAGAAUGUCAACGCCGCCACUUCGAUUGCUUCGUCCAGUUUGUCCCAUCUGACAUUAGUCCAUGCCUUCAACGCCAACGAUCGCCUGGAGUCGCGAUUCGCCACGUAUCUGUCUCAGUCCCAUAAAGACGCCCUCAAGAAGGCCUGUACGCAUGCGGCGCAGCUGGGUUUCCUGUACUUCGUGGCCUACUCCGCCAACGCCCUGGCCUUCUGGCAAGGUGCUCAGAUGAUUUCCAGAACCGUUGCCAAUGAUAAUAACGGUGUCUCCGUGGGUGCGGUCUACACGGUGAUCUUCGUCCUUAUCGAUGCCUCUUUCAUCCUGAGUCAGGUGGCGCCUUUUAUCCAUGUUUUCGCCUCGGCCGCUGGCGCCUCCGAGAGACUCCUGGCAGUGAUCAACCGACCAUCUGCCAUCGAUGGAACGUCGGACGAAGGAGACAAGUCGGCCGCUUUUGGUGAGGAGGAUAUCGAGUUCCACGAUGUCCAUUUCACGUACCCUUCGCGCCCGGAUGCCCCUGUGCUGCAGGGAACGAGCUUCGUCGUCCCACCAAAGAAGCAUACGGCCAUCGUUGGGCCAUCCGGCGGUGGCAAGUCGACAGUUGUAUCGCUCCUGGAACGAUUCUACGACCCUAAACUGGGUAAGGUUACAAUCGGUGGCAAGGACUUUCGUGAUAUCAACGUUCGGUAUCUACGUGGAAACAUUGGUUUUGUCCAGCAAGAACCGUCGCUACUGGACCGGUCCAUCCUGGAAAAUAUUGCGUAUGGGAUGGUGUCUUCGGCCGCAGAAAAGCACCAACGUCUGGCCCCUUUCAUUCUGGACACCAGUCUGCCAGACCUGGCAGCAGAAAUACGGGACGGUGUGUCGGAGAAGGACGCUCUCUCUCGUUACGAUCCGUCGGUUGCGGAAAUCGUCGAGCUGGUGAAACAGGCGGCGGCUUCGUCCAAUGCGUUGAACUUCGUUGAAGCUCUGCCCCAUGGACUGGCGACCAACGUCGGAACGGCGGGAAACCAGCUCAGUGGUGGCCAGAAGCAACGGAUCGCGCUCGCUCGAGCCCUCGUGCGAGAGCCUGCUAUCCUCAUCCUCGACGAAGCGACAGCCGCCUUGGAUUCGACCAGCGAACAGCUGAUCCAGGCGGCGUUGUCCAAGGUUUCUGAACAUGUGACCACGGUGUCCAUCGCUCAUAGACUCGCAACGGCCAAGGACGCCCAUAAGAUUGUGGUCAUCCACGGAGGUCGGGUUAUGGAAGAAGGUCCUCAUGCCGAAUUGGUCGCGCGAGGAGGCGCCUAUGCCGAUAUGGUACGGCUCCAGAACCUGGGGAAGCUGAGUACUGAGGAUUUGUCCCUUUCGGAGGAUACGAUCCACGAUAUUCCUGGUGAUAACCAGUCCAUAUCAGGGGCUACCAGGCGCACUGAUGAGAAGGAAGGCCUGGUCGGGAUCAGCGCAUCCGACGUGACGGAAGAUACCGUGGUUAAUGAGGCGCCUCCCGAGUCUAAGGCUGGCAAAGAGGAAGACAAGGAGAAAAAGCUGAAGCAGAAGAAACGGUCGGGAUGGUUCAUGGCCAAGUAUACUUUCUCUCUCAUGCGGGCGAAUAUGCCCUUGAUCCUGCUUGGCCUCGCGAUGUCAUGCAUUAUCGGCGGCAGCUACUCGGCGGAGGCAGUCGUCUUUGGCCAUACCGUGGGAAGCUUGAGUCCAUGCCGGUCGCCUGGAGCCAUCAGCGAUAGCGGUAAUCUCUAUGGGUUACUCUUCUUCAUCCUUGCCUUGGUCGAGUUGUCCGCCAACGUGGUGGGUGGUGCUGCAUUUGGCUGGGCCGCCGACAAAAUCCUAUACCGCAUCCGCGUGUUGUCAUUGCGCUCACUGUUGAGCCAGACGAUGCAGUGGCAUGGCAUGGAGGAUCGCACCCCAGGAACGCUCAUCACCCACAUUACUGGCGACGCGUCGGCUCUCAGUGGAAUCACUGGCUCCACGAUCGGUCUCCUCCUGGCCACGGCCGUGAACCUGGUGGCCGGCCUGGUGAUCUCCUUCGCGAUCGCCUGGAAGAUUACCAUCGUUUUGUUCCCAACCAUCCCGGUGCUCCUGGUGGCAGGUAUGAUGAAGCUCCGUGUCCAGGCCAAGUUCGCCGAGCGACAUCAAAAGGCGUUCGCGGAGGCCACCGCGAUCACGGUGGAGGCGGUUGACAACAUCCGAGCCGUCUCUGCUUUUUCCUUGGAGAAGCAGUCCUACGAGGUCUUUGGCCGAGCCCUGCAACAUCCCUACCGCAGUACCAUGAAGGCCAUCGCUCACGGGAACGUCUGGCUGGCGCUAGCAUUCAGUAUCAGCAACCUGGUGUAUGCACUCGCGUACUGGUGGGGGUCGCGGCAGAUUGCGUCGGGGCUCUACUCGCAGACGCAGUUCUUCAUUGUCCUGCCCGCGUUGUUAUUCAGCACGCAGUCCUGCGGGCAGAUGUUCGCACUCGCCCCGGAUAUCUCCAAAGCCAAGGUUGCCUCGUCCAAUAUCGUCGAUCUGCUGACCACGCGUUCUGCCGAGGAGGAGAUGAUGAUGCCGAGCUCGUUGCACGGCACGCAGUCCUCUAACAGUCUGCUUGAGGAAAAGGCGGCGGCGCAGGACCUGGAGGCCUCGGACGGAGCGCGUACGACACGGGCACGCACGGCGAAGAGUGCCAUUGGGGCCCAGCUACGCAGCGUGCAUUUCACGUACCCGAAUCGACCCGAACAGCCGAUCCUGAGAGGACUCGACAUCAACAUCAAACCGGGGCAGUUCUGCGCGCUGGUCGGGCCCAGCGGGUCGGGCAAAUCGACCACGUUCGCCAUGCUUGAGCGGUUCUACCGACCGACAACGGGAUCGGUGAUCAUCGACGGGGUGGACGUGACACAACAGCUGGGGACGGAGUUCCGAGACGACAUUGCGCUGGUCCCGCAGGAAAAUGUGCUGUUCGAGGGCAGUGUAGCGUUCAACAUCGGGCUGGGCGCGUGUCCGGGACACGAGCCCACGCAGACGGAAAUCGAGACGGCGUGUCGGAUGGCCAACAUCCACGAUGUGAUCAUGGGCUUGCCGCAAGGGUACGAGACGAUGUGUAGCCACGACGGGAAGCAGUUCUCGGGAGGUCAACGCCAGCGACUGUCGAUUGCACGGGCGUUGGUGCGGCAGCCGCGGUUGUUGCUGCUGGACGAAUCGACCAGCGCGCUGGACGUGGAAUCGGAGAAACGGAUCCAGGAGGCAUUGGCGACGUUGGCAGGGCGCACGACGAUCGUGGCGAUUGCGCAUCGGUUGAAUACCAUCCACCGCGCGGAUCAGAUCUUCUUGAUUGACGAGGGACGCUGUGUGGAGCAGGGGACGCACCAGGAGCUGAUCCAGCGUAGUGAGACGUACCGUACCAGUGUGAUACACCAGUCGUUGUGA